AUGAGCAACUCCUUACUGAACCACGAAGCAAACUUCCGGUUGCGGAUUAUGAGACAUUUUAAUCAUAUGAAUCGACUUCAAAACGAAGUCCAUUACUUGAUUGACAACUCUCAAGACAGAGUUGACGAUGAACAAGCAAUUACUUCAGGAGCACCAAUACCACUUUGGCGUUUUACACGUGAAAAUCCGCAAUUAGAAAAUAUGGAAACUGGCUUUGAUACAAGCGAAGACGAAGACGAAGAACAGUAUAUGCCUGAGAUUAACUUGGCACCACUAUCACCACCAGAUGAACAUCAACCACAGAGAGAUGAAACUCAGCUUGAAGAAGACCUUUGGAGAAGCGAGCGAUUAUUUCUAAUCUCAGCACGACAACAGAGCGUUGCAAAUUCCCAAUACUCUGAAACACUCCGCACGCUGAGUGGAGUUCCUUUGAGGCGCCAAAACGCAAUUCGUAUACCUAGCAUUUUGAGUACUAAUAUCAAUUUUAAAGAUGAAGAUGAAAAUGAAACACAACAUCAAGAGCAUGAGCAACAGAUGCGACUGCAGCUGCAGCGACAGCUGCUUCUGCAACAGCAACAGCAACAGCAACGGCAACAACAACAACAACAACGUAAUAUUGCUGUACAAGAGUCUCUUAAUAAAGAAGCUGAGGUUUUGCGGACAUAUCUAGCUGGUUUAUUAGAUCAAAUAAAAAAGAGGAAGACAUACAAAGGCUUAUCACCACUCUUUUUUGAUUCAGAAGCUAUACAUGUUACUUUGGCUUUAGCAGAACACCAGCCGAAAACAUUGUCCAAAACCAAAGUCUUUCCUGGAUUCAGGAGUCUUUUAUCGAUGUGUGACGACUGUAGUUUUCGCUUUGAGGAACAGAUGGAUACAUUUUUACAACAACGGCAACGUGGGGCAGUACCAAAUGCUGUUUGUGCAAAUCCAGACUUUCCACCGCAGAAUAAUCAGACAUAUUCGGUACUGAAGAGAAAACUGGGUCUUUUCGGUGAUGGUAAGCGGAAAAAACGGAAAUUGAACCAACCCUUAUCCGAACUUUUGCCAUCGUCAUCGUCAUCGUCAUCGUCAUCGUCAUCGUCAUCUAUGUCAGCGUCGUUCUCGUUAUCGUCACCAGACAAUAUUUCUAAUCUUGAGACCCUGAUAAGUUAUCCCCAUUUUACAAUCGAUAAAGACAUUAUUGCUAAUGGGUUACGCACGAGUUGCUUUCGUACUGGCUCAAGCUUUGAACUAAAAUUGCCCGCGAACUCGAAUACUGAUAUGCCAAUGAUUGGUCCUCAAGGCUUCUUAAAAGUAACACAAGUGAACACUGCUAACAGUGCUUCCGGGUUCUUUGAGCUUCCGAACAUUGGUGGCCAACUGCAAAGUGAAGUGCGGUCAAGAAUUUGGUCUUUCGCAACUUUUAUCUGCGGCCUUUCUAGAUCAAGAGUUUUACCAAAACAUCCUCGCUUGACGCAAAAAUUGGAUUUGCUUGAAAUAUUACUAGAAGAUACAAAUCUUGAAUACCGCCACAGUGGUGAACAAAUCUUACGUGGUGUAUCUGUUCCAUUUAAUGCAGAUAUUGUUGAUUUCAAGAAUCAUGAUUUGCGUUUCUAUCAAAGCUAUUAUGGUAAUACUGCACGUCAGAGUUCAAGCUGCAGUAAAGUAUGCCAGCAACUUUUGGACUGGAUGACUAUAAGCCCCUUUUCUCUGUUCAAAGAAGGGUAUUUUAUCGAUACGCUCACAAAACUCGAGUCUGAUUUGGCAAACUUUGCAAACUUUGAUGCCAGGAUAACUAAAAAGUCAAAAGCAUUGUAUUCAGCAAUACAAUUUAAAUCAAACUUGUACGAAUUGACUAAAGAUUUUGAUUUCCAUAUUUUAGUAACAACAGAUGGAGAUACAAAUAGUAACCAUAAUCGAGUAGGUAGAAACUACUCGACAUUGUUUUUAGACGAUUGGGAAGAAAAACUAUCUAAUGAAUUAAUUGAUCAAAUGACAAGGAAUGACUGCAAAAUAAUAGCAAAUAUUCAGCUCAAUUAUGUGUUGCUCAAGUUGCGGGUAGAUUUAGAUUUGGCAGCAGACACAUUAAUAAGUCAUUUGCUCUGUCACGGAUCCUCACCAUCAAUCGAGCACUACAGAAGGCUUUAUGGUGAAAUUUUGACAGACGAGUCUCUGAAAGAUGAAUUGCCUCUGAAUGCUCAUUUUUUGUGUUCUGUACAUAAAAAGACUGGACAUUUAGAAAUCCGUAAUACGUUUCCUGAGUUUUUUGGAUCACCAAAUUUAUACCCAAAUCAUCGUUGUGCAAGAAAAGAACACAAGUCUACGUAUUUGAGAUCAUUAAGAAAUCUUGAAGGAAACUUGACACCAACAUGGCCCAUCAGCGAUUUCGUAUAG